AUGCACCGUCAUCCUCAUCAUUCUGGUUUAAUAGAUCAGAUGAAUAAAUUUCAACAACAACAACCAUCAAAUAAAACAGCAAGAGCAUCUUCAGACGCGGUUUCUAGUCGAAGAAAAACACAGUUUCGUUUAAUUCCAACACUAAAAGCAUUUAUACACACUCGUUAUGGAUUAAUCACUAUUGUCGGGUUAUUAGUGGUUUUGUAUAAUGAAAUAUUUACUUAUGAAUACGCCCGAUUUUAUUGGCCAAAUAUUGAACAUUUAAAAAAUUCUAAUGUUGAAAAACUUUUGUUAGUUGCUGAUCCUCAAUUGAUUGGGGAAAAACAUGAGGGUUUAUUUGGACUUAUUACACGUCGAGAUGCCGACAGAUAUUUAUCAAAAACAUUUACACAAGCUAGAACAUAUUUGAUGCCGGAUUGGAUCAUAUUUUUGGGUGAUAUUUUCGAUGAAGGUCUAUCAGCAACAGAUAACGAAUAUAAACGAUAUUAUAGCAGGUUUCAAAAUAUAUUUCAAUACAAUGAUAUACAACAGAAAUCAAUUGUAAUUCCCGGUGACAAUGAUGUUGGAGGAGAAUAUUUUGGUGAUAAAAAGCCGCAUUUAAAAGAACGUUUUAAAAGUUAUUUUGGUCGGACAAUUGGACUUUAUAAACAGAAUGAUAUUGAGUUUUUGAAAUUAGAUAUUGAUAUGUAUGAAUCGUAUUUCGAUGGUAAACGACGCACGAUCCUCGAACAAAUGCAACAUCAUUCAAUGACAUCUAAAUUUCGUAUUAUAUUAAAUCAUUGGCCACUUGUUAGUCGUAGUGUCCGCUUCGUCAAACCUUUCAUUGAAGAAUUAGAUCCAAAUCUCAUUCUUAAAGCUAAUCAUAUGGCACAUUUAACAAUUUUAUGGACACCGCAACGAUAUUUGGCAUUAUACACUUAUGCAGCCUAUGGUAUAUUUGUUGUGAGUGUUCUUUUAUUGGCAACAAUCAACACACGUCGGACUGUGUUGUCUGGUUUACACUAG